AUGUUGCCCCAAAUAACGUUAGAGUCGCCUCUCGCGCAGGCAGUCGCAAACGCCAUCCAACCCAAGCUGGUGGAGAUGGGUUGGAGUGAUGGCUCAGAAUCCCCACUGAUCGAGUACAUCGUCCUCAUGUUGGUGAAUGGAAAGACUCAGGAACAGAUUGCCACUGAGCUGUCAAAUGAUUUCCUCGGCCUGGAUGAAGGAGACACUGCUGCCCUCGAAUUUUCACAUUGGUUAUUUGGCCAAGUCGAACAGCUCAACCAACAGAUCAAUGGGGCCUCAAACAAUGGUGCCAUGGGACAAUCAAACCCACCAUCUGGUGGAUUUGGUGCUUCAGGCCAAAACAUGGUCCAAGUACCUGCACAUGUGGAUGGCCAGGAUGCCGAGAUGGGCGAUGCAGGAGACGCUGUCCCCACCGGGCCGAGAGCCAUGCGUAACACCACACGAGGCGGAAAGGGACGGAUGCUGAACCAGAUCAAUCGCAAUCUGGACCGCGGCUCGGAUGCCGCUCUACACCGUGUGCGCAACACUGGAAAUGGUCGCAUUAGCCACAACCAACGGGGCCAGAGAGGAGGAGGAUUCAAUCAAAGUGGCCGAGGGGGCCGAAUGGGCAUGCAGGGCAUGCAGGGCAACAUGCAAAUGAGCCCCGAAAACCAGAUGCAGCUGAUGACCAUGCUGGAAGAACAAGCGCGUAUGAUGUCCCAACUUAUGCCUGGAUUCGUUCCUCCGGCUGUCAACCCCGCCUUCCAGAAUGGACAGAACGGCCAAGGUCGCUCCCUAUUUGACCGAGUCGAGCGCAACGGCUCGCGUGGAGGAAAGCGAGGAUUUAAUAAGCCACGAGGCGCGGACUCCGGAGAUGUCGACAUGGAAGGACAACAAGAUCAAAACACCCCCGAGGGUGUGUGCCGCUUCAACACACGAUGCUCGCGCUCAGAUUGCCAACUUGCGCACCAGUCACCCGCUGCCCCCGAGGGAAUUUCCAUUGAUCCUUCUGACACUUGCUCCUACGGGGCAGCUUGUAAGAACAAGAAGUGCACCGGCCGUCACCCUUCACCUGCGGUGCGGACCGCUCACCAAGCCGAGGCCAUGUGUCGAUUCUUCCCCAACUGCACCAAUCCAAACUGUCACUUCAAGCACCCCAGCAUGCCCGUGUGCCGCAAUGGAUCCGACUGCACGACCGAGGGGUGUAAAUUCACACACAUCGAGAUUGCCUGCAAGUUCAACCCCUGCUUGAACCCGUCUUGCCAUUACAAGCAUGCCGAAGGCCAGCGCGGCUCCUUCGCUGACAAGGUGUGGACUCCACACUCUGGAACACAUGUCAGCGAGCGAAAGUUCGUUACAGAUGCCGAUGGACCGGAGGAGCUGAUCAAGCCUGAGACUGCCCCUGAGGAGAACACCCAGGGACAGGAAAUGACCGCGUGA